AUGUCAGCAGCGUCCAUCCCGACCUACUUCACCACCAACGCCGACUACAAAACAUGGACACUCCUGGCUUUCCUCACCGCCGAAUCCGCCGCGCUCGAAACGCCCAUCGACACGGAGAUCAAGCGCCGCCUCGGCGACGCGUGGAACAGCACGCUGCUGCACUAUGCGAACGACGCUGAGAACCCGCGGCGCGCGGGCUGGGCCGAGCGCCUCCGCAGGGAGUGGAAAGAUGUCUUGGCGGCCACACAACUCCCCCCACCAUCAAACAACACCACCACAACAACCACAACAACCACAACAACCACCAGAUAA